CAUCUCCAUUCGUGUCCGUCUCGGCUGCCCGCUCCCAACUCCGGCGACCACCGGGCCACCACUAUGGCCGCUCGCCGGAGCACCGCCCCCAACCCGCGCGGACUCCUCCCCGCCCUCCUCCUUCUCGUCUGCUCGUCCCUCCCGCCCCUCGCCGCCGCCUACCGCCCCGGAGACAUCGUCCCGAUGCUCCGUUCCGGCCAGUACCACGGCUCGAGAUCGGUGUGGUUCGACGUGGUGGGCCGCCACUGCCCGGCCUUCGCGGUCAACCGGGAGGUGCUGAUGCCGAUCCCAAAGCCGACUGGGUUUACUGGUGCUGAUGCGUACAAGAUAACAUUUCAAAUUGGACAAGAAAAGUUCCAUGUUCCUUGGCUUUAUGUUAUAAAUCGCAAAACCUCUGAAGUUCCACUGAUCGAUUUCCAUUUGAAGUACUCUGGAAAUGAUCUACUUGGUGUAACAGCUAAAGUUGUGGACAUGCCUCACCACUACGUGGAAAUUCAUCCUGACAUAAAGAAGAAUUUCUGGGAUCCACAGAAUUGGCCAAAAUAUGUUCUUGUCAGAUAUACAUGGGAGGAGCAAUCAGAGAUAGAUGUUGCUGGAGGGUUUUAUGUGUUAUUUGGAUCUGGGCUUGUUCUGUCCUUCAUCCUUGCAAUCUAUGUCCUACAGUCAUCUCAAGAAAAGUUAACAAGGUUUGUGCGAGAAGCAGUUGCAGAUAGUAGCCUACCAGAGGGAGGAGUUGCAAAGGUCGAGUGACCUAUCAACAAUGGGAUGUCAUGUUGUCCACUAAUUUCUGCACUGAUCAGAACACCAACAAGAGAUGCUCAACAGCCAGUUUUCAUGGAUGUGUAGCUUGUAAUACUACAGACUGCAGACAUCUGAAGAUCCAGUCGAUUAUUCUUGUGCAUGCUCCGAAAUGAACUCAGUUUAAUACAACUAAAGUGGAGAAAUAUGAAACGUAGGAUCGUUGGUGUGAUGGCAUUUCAACCAGACUGGAGUUUUUGGUGUUUACUAUCCCAUUGCAAAGUGAGAAUUUGGGAGUGAACAAUUCUUUUGGUUUUUGUGGGGUUUGUAGUGUCUGCAGUGAAAAUUGUAGAAAUAGCUGGACCAAACGUGUAAUUGCUUGACACCGUGAAGACUAGAUCUUUGCAAGCUCCAUUAAAGUAUUGCAUCAGUAGUAUGCUACUCCCU